UGCAACAACUACAACCAUGGCACCACCUUCGCUCUUCAUCGUUGCACUAGUACUGAUCACCAUAGCCACCGUGGACGCAACCACAUUCACCAUCUUCAACAAGUGCUCCUACACGGUGUGGCCGGCGGCCAUCCCAGUGGGCGGCGGAACUCGGCUCGACCCGGGCCAGAAGACGACACUAACCGCGCCUGCCGGCACCGCCGGUGCCAGGAUCUGGGCACGCACGGGCUGCAAGUUCGACAGCAGCGGCCGCGGGUCCUGCGUGACCGGCGAUUGCGGCGGCAUUCUGGUCUGCGCCGCCGGCGGCGCGACCCCGGCGACGCUUGCCGAGUACACGCUGGGGACAGCCGGCAAAUCCGACUUCUACGACAUCUCCCUCGUCGACGGGUUCAACGUGCCGAUGAGCUUCGGACCCGUUGGUGGCUCGUCGUGUCAUGCGAUCAGCUGUGCCGCCGACAUCAACGCCAAGUGCCCGGCGGCGCUGAAGGUGAACGGAGGGUGCGUGAGCGCGUGCAUCAAGUUCAACACGGAGCAGUACUGCUGCCGGACGUCCGGGCCGAGUGCGUGCCAGCCGACGGACUACUCUCGCUUCUUCAAGGGCCUCUGCCCGGACGCCUACAGCUACGCCUAUGAUGACAAGAGCAGCACCUUCACCUGUGCCGCUGGAACUAACUACCAAGUCACCUUCUGCCCAUAGAAUGUUAAUUCUAGCUAUCAUGCAUG